CAAAGUGCUGGGAUUACAGGCGUGAGCUACCACUCUUGGCUGAAGAUCCAUUUUAAGAAGAUUUAUUCCUCUAUGAUGGAGAAGUAUGAAAAAAUUGGGAAAAUUGGAGAAGGAUCCUAUGGAGUUGUUUUCAAAUGUAGAAACAGGGACACGGGUCAGAUUGUGGCCAUCAAGAAGUUUCUGGAAUCAGAAGAUGACCCUGUCAUAAAGAAAAUCGCCUUUCGGGAAAUCCGAAUGCUCAAGCAACUCAAGCAUCCCAACCUUGUCAACCUCCUGGAAGUCUUCAGGAGGAAACGGAGGCUUCACCUGGUGUUUGAAUAUUGUGACCACACAGUUCUCCAUGAGUUGGACAGAUACCAAAGAGGGGUACCAGAACAUCUCGUGAAGAGCAUAACUUGGCAGACACUGAAAGCUGUAAAUUUUUGCCAUAAACACAAUUGCAUACACAGAGAUGUGAAGCCAGAAAAUAUCCUCAUCACAAAACAUUCCGUGAUUAAGCUUUGUGACUUUGGAUUUGCUCGGCUUUUGACUGGACCGAGUGACUACUAUACAGACUACGUGGCUACCAGGUGGUACCGCUCCCCUGAGCUGCUGGUGGGGGACAGGCAGUACGGCCCCCCGGUGGAUGUUUGGGCAAUUGGCUGUGUCUUUGCUGAGCUGCUGUCAGGAGUGCCUCUGUGGCCAGGAAAAUCGGAUGUGGAUCAGCUGUAUCUGAUUAGGAAGACCUUGGGGCAUCUCAUUCCUAGGCACCAACAGGUGUUUAGCACGAAUCAGUACUUCAGUGGAGUGAAAAUUCCAGACCCUGAAGAUAUGGAACCACUUGAAUUAAAAUUCCCAAACAUCUCUUAUCCUGCCCUGGGGCUCCUAAAGGGCUGUCUCCACAUGGACCCUACUGAAAGGCUGACAUGUGAACAGCUGUUGCAUCACCCAUAUUUUGAAAACAUCAGAGAAAUAGAGGAUUUGGCAAAAGAACAUGACAAACCAACAAGGAAGACCCUAAGAAAGAGCCGAAAGCACCACUGCUUUACAGAAACAUCCAAGUUGCAGUACCUACCCCAGCUAACUGGCAGCAGCAUCCUUCCAGCUGUGGAUAGUAAGAAGUACUACUGUAAUACCAAGAAACUUAACUACCGUUUUCCAAACAUUUAAAGGAGCUAGGAGACAUGAUUUUAAAAAAGGAAUCAAUAGAUGCUUUGAAGAAAAUAAAACUUACACAGUUGAUUGAAAACAAUUACAAUGUUGAAAACACACCAGGAGAAAACAGAAGCAAGAAACUGGGAGGCCAAUUGGCAAGAUAUUAAGGGAAAUUCCAGAUCCAGUCUUCCAUGCUUGAUGAUGGUGUCCACAAAAGAAAGAAAAAACCUGUUUGGAGUUGCACUUGUAUUUCAGUUUAUGUAAGUAGCCGAACUUAUGGACAGAAUAUGAACUGUCCCAUACCUCUGGCAAAACUAGAUGAUAUCAAAAAGAUUUAUGCUUCAGUUGUACCACAUGCCACACAAGAAAAAUGGACUACAAAAUGCCCAUAUAUAUUUCCUCGGAUCUCUGUUGCCUGAGUCCUAUCUCCUGCCUCUCAGAGUGUUUCAGCAUCAUAUUUAAGAUAGUUCUAUUUCUUGAAAUCGAAAUGUUUAAAAUCCCAUUUCCUGCCUGCUCUAUUUCUUGAUUUUUAUAUUUUAAAACAUUUUGAGGGUAACACUUAGGUUCAAAAUAUUUAAAAGCAUACGAAUUAUCACAAAAACUUGGUAAUUUAUAUAUUUAAUUAUAUGUUUAUACAUUUCAUCCUUACUUUAUCAGUAAAGGAUACACCUUAGUCACUUUUGCAGGCAA